CCACAGGGCCGGUCGCUUCGGGGUACUCACUGACUCACUCCUCCAUCGGCCCGGAACGUAAAAAGGAAGACCACCCCGUCGUCAACUCACAGUCCUGUUCCUGCCACCGCGCGCUCCGGGUCUCCUCCCACUCCACACGGCAACACCUCUACCUGCUGGUUGCGUACAUCCGGGGCGAGAAGAGACAGAGAGAGAGAACAACGAAGAGAAGGCGAGACAGAGAGAGACAAAGAAGAGAGAGAAGGAAGACGAAGAGUGAGACAAAGACAUACAAAGAGGAGGAAGAGAAGCGUUGAAGAGAGAAGAGGUAGUUGAAGGGAGAGGAAAGAAGAGACAGAAGAGAAGAAAGUGUUGCUGGUUCUCCUUCCGUCAAGAUGUGUUGCACGCUACGAAGUGUUGUGGCCUUCGGGAUCAUACUGGCCGUGAUUGAUAUAAUGCACGGCCUUGUCACGGCAGGCUUCUACUGUUACCAAUUCGUCAUGGACACCUUCUACCUGUGUCCCCUCGAAAUGGAAGUCACACUCUGCCACAACAAAAUCUACGUCUACGAACAAUUAUUCGAAACCCGCGUCUACAUUGGCAUUGGAGAAGGGAUUGCCGGGGUCAUCUUCGCCGUCUUCUACAUCCUGGCGUUGGUGAAGCACAAGCCUUCCAUGACCUGGGUGUGGCUGAUGAAGUCCUUCGCCGUCAUCUCCAUCAAUGUGUACUACCUCGCCUCGUGGCUCAUCCGCCGGGGCCGCUACGACCACAUCAACAUCGAGCAGCCGGAGGACGAGAAGAUCUUCAUAUACGCCGCCAAGGGACUGACGCUGGUGCAGAUUUUGAUCAUGAUGGUCUUCUGCCUCAUCGGCGCUAUCUUUACUUAUAAGGUUUGCGAGGAGAGGACAGCCAGCAGACGUAACCUCCGCCACCGCCGCAAGUGGGAGUCGAACGAGGCCACUGCUCCUCCUCUUGGCCAAUACGAGGACGAGGAAGCCCAGUACCUCAACGACGCCCUCACCAACAGCGAGAAGACCCUCCCCGCGCGCUCCUCCAAGCAAUCCCUCACCGAAAUCAGCCGAGCGGAUACCUUCAAGCACUCCACUGGUGUCUAAAGCUCCUAUAACAACUAUCUGGACUUCUAACCGUACCUUCCUCCAUUCUGAGUUGAAAGAUGGAACGUGAAGGCAAUCUGGGUGUUUGGAAAGGUUUUAUCUGGUGGUUUUUUAUUGAUUUUUCUAUGGUUUUGGUCUUGGAGUAUCUUUUGGUGGUCUAGGAAUGGUUCUAACUUUACCGUACUCCAUUUUGGGUUGAUAGGAUGGAACGUGAAGGAAGUCUGGGUGAUUGAAAUGGCUAAUCUGGUGUUUUAUUAUGAUUUUUCAAGGUGUUUAUGGCUUGGUGUGUCAUCUGCUGGUCUUGGAAUGGGUUAGGUUGGAUUUGGUUUGCUGUCAGUGCGUCUCAGAGCGGUUGGUUAGCCAUCUAGUCUAAGGUGAAACUGGUUAGCGGUGGGGUGGUGUAUCAGAAAGGUCACAAUCACAGUUCUGUCCGGUUUUAAUCAAGCGGAAUUCUCCUCCCUUCACUGGCUCUUGUGCUUGAGAUAGAGCAAGGGGCGUCUCCAUUCACAAGAUACCUGCGUUGAUAUAUAUUUUACGAUGGUAUGGUGUUAAGAAAGUCCAUAAUCGCAGUUCUGUCCGGUUUUAAGCAGUCUUCCAAUCCCUUCACCGUCUCUCUUUCAGGUGGUGAGAGGAACAGUAUAGUUACCCAUAUUUUUAGGCUUCUUAGUUGAAAGAUUCCUACGUUUAUAUAUAUUUUUAAACAUAUAUAACGUUUCAGCGAGUCACUGCCACUUGGAAAUAAACUAAUCGUCCGCUCUGUGAUCUUGAGAAAGGAAAGAUUUGUCUGAGAGGUUGCGAAGAAGACGAGAAAGGAAGAGGCGAGAAGGGAAGCAAAAUAGCCUAGCUGAAAAGGAAAGAUUUGUUUAAGUUCGAAUACGACAGUUUGAGAGCUUGCGAAGGAGAUGAGAACGGGAAAAAGGCGAGAAAGCAAACAAACCAUAGCCUAACACAUGAUUAAAACACACCUAGGGAGACUGAGCGAAUAGAUAAGGUAAAAUACGAGCUGAAAUAACAAAAAGGAAACACUCGUAAGCAAGAUAGACAUAAACAAUGAAAAUAAAACACUCAUAGGUUUAUUCUGUAUCAGCAAUCGCCGUAUUUCUCUGGUAUAACACGAUCUAUACCGGAGUGAAAAUACAACACCUCUUUGAAUUCAUAUCUGAGUAGCAAUACAAGGAAAGACAGCAGGAGUAAACUAACACCAUUUUCUUGUAUAUUCACAGGCUACCCUCAUUCCAUCUACCAUCCAUUACGUUAAGAAAAUGAAGUUAACAAGGUAUUACUAUUAUAGGCAGAAUUUCCCGGUGCCGAGUGUUGAUAGAGGUUACAUAGCCUAAUAACACUUAAUUUCAGGGUACAGACAUGCCUUUAAUGUGCUUGGUAUUAAUUCAUAUGUUAUGUAAAUCCACAUAUGAAGGAAAUGAAGUUAGCAAGGCUGUAGGAGACUAAAAAAUGAUAAUGGGGGUUGUAUAGCCUAAUAACACAUCAUUUCAGGGUACAGACAUGCCUUCAAUGUGCUUGGUAUUAAUUCAUAUGCUUUUUAGAUCCACAUAUGAAGGAAAUGAAGUUACCAAGGCAGUACGAGACGAAAAAAUGAUAAUGGCGGUUGUAUAGCCUAAUAUCACAUAAUAUCAGGCUACAGACAUGACUUUAAUGUGCUUGGUAUUAAUUCAUAUGUUACUUAAAUCCAUAUAUGAAGGAAAUGAAGUUAGCAAGGCAGUAGGAGACGAAAAAAUGAUAAUGGCGGAUGUAUAGCCUAAUAACACGUAAUUUCAGAGUACAGACAUGCCAUUAAUGUGCUUGGUAUUAAAUUAUACACCAUACAAGUCCACCAUACCAUAUAACAUGCAAGGAAAUGGAGUUAGAGAGGUAUAUAGAGGCAUUUAUUUAUUUAGACUGCGUAGUUCCUCCCCCGGCCGCCAGGUGUCAGUGUGCCUCGACCUUUGGCGGAGCCAAAAACACUGAAAUUCGUUAUAACCCGGUGCUGUCUUGACCUGUGAGUGUAAUUCGUAGCUUCUAGAACACGUAACGGUGACCUAGAGCGGCGGGAAGUGUCUAAAUAGCGUUGUAGAGGGUGAAAAACAGACAUGAGGAGAGUGGAGUCAUAGAAUCGUGUUUACCUAGUUAAAAAUCACGUUUAUAUUGUAACUACGCUCGCCCGUGACUCUUGGGUGUACAAGUGAGUUCUAGAGUGCGUUAUAGUGAUUUGUGAUAGUGAAACAAGCCAGGAGAACGUUGAAAAGAGCGUAAAAUGAGAGUGGAGUGGAAUGGUUCUGUGCAGACGACGCCGCGUGGGCCAGCAAGGUAAACACAUCACAUUUUCUCCAUUAUUCCGUUUUCUUUUGGUUAUUUUAGGGAUUUGUGAGUUGGGGAAUGAUAAUGAAAGACAGGAUUGAAGGUUAGAGUGUAUUUAUCAUCAGUAGUUUUAAUGAUGUGAGGCAGAGCGUGAAUACAAGAACUUAGCCUAAUUUUAUAACGACAUUUUUCCCUGUUCAUUCGUUUUUUAGGGAUUUGUGAGUUGGGGAAUGGUAAUGAAAGACAGGAUUGAAGGUUAGAGUGUAUUUAUCAUAAGUAGUUUUAAUUAUGUGAGGCAGAGCGUGAUUACAAGAACAACCUAGCUUUCUAACGACAUUUACCCCCCUUUUUCUUUUCUUCAUUUGUAGUCUUUGAGAUUUGUGACUUGGAAACCGUAAGGAAAGACAAUAUUAAAGGUUAGAGUGUGUUCGUCAUCAAUUAGCUUCAGUGUUACGAGGAGGAGCAUUGGUACCGUACACUUAUCAUUUAUUUCUCUUUUAUUCCCUCUCAUUCGUUAUUUAAGGGAUUUGUGACGUGGAAAACAUAACGAAAGACAAGAUUAUAGGUUAGAGUGCGCUCAUCAUCAAUAGCUUAAAUGACAUGAGGCUGAACUUUAUACUGUCUUACAUUUAACAUUUUUUUUUCCUUUUCCACCAAACUUGACGAAUCUACGACCCACGAACGUAACGACCGACUUGAAUUAAGGUUUUAUAGUGUGAUUGUCAGCCAUUUUCCCUCAUAGCUUGACUGUUAUGUAGGGGAAACUCGAAUAUUUUACUGUUGACAUACCAUUUUUUUACUCUUAUCAGUACAUUUACUAAUUUACAACCCUUGAACCGUAACAAAUGGCUGGUAUUUAUGGUUUUAGUGUGGUUACCAUCCAUUAUUCCCCAUAGCUAUAGUCAAGACAUGAAUACAUUACUCAUAUGAUUUUUCCCUUUAUUUAGUUAUCUAAGAAUUUGCUGCCCAGAAACCAUAACCUUUACUCAUAAAUAAUAUCAUAUCACCCAUUGCCCUCCAUAGCUCGACUGUUAAUAAGCAAAACUAUAUAUUUUUCUACUUUUAAGGGUAACUCAAAUGUUCAAAGCUACAAGGUUAUAAUGCGAAUGUUUGGAAUUUAUCUUCAUUGUAAUUCUAGUAAACCAAAGCAUAAUGUUGUUAUAGGGGAUCAGAUCUCUUUGCCAUGUUUCAGCUUCCGUAUUUUUUAUUGUGUGUUUGUGUGUAUCUGUAUAUGUAUAAGGAUUGACACCUUUUAAAGGUUUCAAUCGCAUUACCAUAACACUAAGAUAUCCUUCGUCAUAUUGAUGGUUUAUGUAAGAGUGACAUUUUUUAACGUUAUUUUGCUCAUCUUCAUUCUUAUGCUCAUCAUCCUCGUCAUCAUCACCAUCGUCAUUCUCAUCGUCAUCAUCAUCGUUGCUUUCAUGUCUCGAUUUGUAUAUAGACUUUAUAUUAUGUGGUUUAAAUAAAUAAAGUUGUGAUGGAC